CUUUAAUUUAAUAAAUAAACACGCAGAAUCAGGCCUUUAAUCCUAAGAACUUGGAAAGAAUACCAGAUGCUGGUGGUAGAUGGUUGCAACCUGCAGGUGGGUCUCGGAGAAGUAUAAAAAAAUGAAAUAUAUGGCCGAGAGGGGGUUAUCUGAUAUAUCGAAAAGGAGAACCGAGCACAAGUAUGAGAGAACCAAGUCAAAUAUUGAACAGCGGCCUUUCUCACAAUCUCCGCAGCGUCAACAACACUCAGUAUUUUACUUUCCAAAAUGGUCCCGUACAAACUCUUCACGGGCCUCCUCGUCGCCUCCCUGCUAUCGAUCAACUGGCGCAUCUCCAACACCCGCCGUGUCUCUAUCAAAAUCCCGGGAUCCAUUGACCCCAGCGCAAUCGUUCAAGUCCUUCAUGACCAGAAGACCUUCAUUGCGCUGAACCGGUUGAUCAUAGAGUCAGCCCAGGUCCCAACUGACCCCGCCGUAUACGAGGACGAAUGGUUCCAGACCCCAGAGACCCGGGACCCUAUCGAGACAUACAAUGUCAAUAGCAUCAUUAGAAUCAUACCCGGAUAUGACUGGGGCAAACGACACAUCCGGUUUGGAACCUGGUUGAGGAAUAUCGAGACCGGCGUCAGGACCAAAGCCGACGCACCGUUCGGUGUAUCGGUGGGAAGCCAGUGGUCUGUUCAGCCAGACAAUCCAGGCGGUAAGAUGAUCUCAGACCCUUUUGCUCGGAACUCUCCAUGCUGACGGGGAAAGUAGGAUGGAUAUUGGUCGUGGAUAGGGACGUCAGCUGUGUAUGGUGGGUGAUGCCCUUUGUGGCGUACACAUAUGAUGAAUGCCAUGCCAACGUUGCUCAUG